GCCUUACCAUGCAAAAACCAACUAAGCCUUUUCACAAACAUUUCCUUUCACUCACACACUGCACAAUGGAAAUAACAAAUGCUGAUUCAUUGGCGGCGGCGCCGGCGCCACUGGAGAACCAUAACAAGGCCAUUGUAAACACCCUUUACAAAGGAUUAGCAAGUGGAGACACCGCCACGGUGGCUGGUCUCAUAGCCACCGACCUAGAGUGGUGGUUCCACGGCCCUCAAAACUGCCACCACAUGAUGAAAAUGCUCACCGGAAAAUGCUCUACCACCGAAUUCAAAUUUGAGCCUCGAAGCAUCGACUCCAUUGAUGAAUGCGUGAUAGUGGAGGGCUGGGAAGGGGCUCAAGUCUAUUGGGUGCAUGUUUGGACCCUAAAAGAUGGUUUCAUCACUCAGUUUAGAGAAUAUUUCAAUACUUGGCUCACUGUUAAGGAUUUGAGGCCUUCUAGGUGUUCAAGCUCCACCACUUUGUGGCAGAGCCACCCGCGAGAUCUCACAAAACGCUUGUUGCCGGGGUUGAUGUUCGCCAUUUGAUGGCAGAGCUUGGCCGUAGAUUGGUGGCAUGUAAUGUUAUUCAAGUUGAUCUUGUGAACAUGCUCAUGUUCUAAAGUUUCUCCCAUUUUCUCCUAUAAAUACUCAUGUCUUAAAUAAAGUUUUACAUUAGUUAUCAAGUAUACAUUAUAAACUAUAAUCGAAAUUUAGCUCCACAAGGUCAUCCUAUAGUUUACAGGCCGACAUACAUUAUAUAAUUGAAUGGAAUUAUGAGAGGGGUUUUGCUAUGUACAUGCCCCCCUCCCAAUAGAGGGGCCCACGAUUUUUAUUCACUCAUGCUACAAUAUCA